AUGGAAAAGUACGAAAAGCUUGCUAAGAUUGGAGAAGGGUCUUAUGGGGUCGUAUUCAAGUGCAGAAACAAAUCUUCCGGACAAGUAGUAGCGAUCAAAAAGUUCGUGGAAUCCGAAGAUGAUCCUGUCGUUAGGAAAAUAGCACUGCGAGAAAUCCGCAUGCUGAAGCAGUUGAAACACCCGAACCUUGUGAAUCUCAUCGAGGUGUUCAGAAGAAAGAGAAAGAUGCAUUUGGUUUUUGAGUACUGUGAUCACACACUGUUAAACGAACUGGAGAGAAACCCAAAUGGAGUUUCUGACGGGGUGAUUAAAAGUGUGCUGUGGCAAACCCUUCAAGCCCUGAACUUCUGCCACAAACAUAACUGCAUUCAUCGGGAUGUAAAACCUGAGAACAUUCUAAUAACCAAGCAAGGAAUGAUAAAGAUUUGUGAUUUUGGAUUUGCACGAAUUCUAAUUCCAGGAGAUGCCUACACGGACUAUGUUGCUACCAGGUGGUACCGAGCCCCUGAACUUCUUGUGGGAGACACAAAGUACGGUUCCUCUGUGGACAUAUGGGCUGUUGGCUGUGUUUUUGCAGAGCUCCUAACGGGUCAGCCACUCUGGCCAGGAAAAUCAGAUGUGGACCAACUUUAUCUGAUCAUCAGGACACUGGGAAAGCUGAUCCCAAGGCAUCAGUCUAUCUUUAAAAGUAACCAGUUUUUCCGUGGCAUCAGUAUACCUGAACCAGAGGACAUGGAGACUCUUGAAGAAAAAUUCUCAAAUAUUCAGCCUGUGGCUUUAAGUUUCAUGAAGGGGUGUCUGAAGAUGAAUCCCGACGAGAGGCUGACCUGUGCCCAGCUCCUGGACAGUGCCUACUUCGAUUCUUUUCGAGAGGAUCAAAUGAAAAGAAAAGCCCGGAGUGAGGGGAGAAGCCGAAGGCGGCAGCAGAAUCAACUGCUGCCUCUUAUACCUGGAAGCCACAUCUCCCCAACACCUGAUGGAAGAAAACAAGUCGUCCAGUUAAAAUUUGAUCAUCUUCCAAACAUUUAG